AUGAACACCAUCCUCUUCUACACCCUCGUCAGCCAGGCGGGCAUCCUGCUCCUCUCGCAGGGCAUGCUGCUUGCCGGACACUACACCCACAACCCACGCCUCGAGUUCCACGGCCGCACGAUAGCUUCCUUCCACGCCCUCGUCAUCUGUGCCACCUACGGCACCAUUGCCUCUGCUGUUCUCAACGUCGUCGGCUACGCAGGGCUGGGACAAUGGACGACAGCACGCAGCUUCAAAUGGACCAUGCUGCUGUUCACGCGCUUCUGGUUCAAAAUCGACGACCCGAAUGACUACCUGAGCAACACGAGGCCGGCGGUGUUUGUAGGAAACCAUCAGACGGAGCUGGACGUCCUGUUCCUCGGCCACAUGUUUCCCAUGUACUGUUCGGUCACUGCCAAGAAGAGCUUGAAAUAUACCCCGUUCUUGGGAUGGUUCAUGGCCCUCAGCAAAACCGUCUUCAUCGAACGCACCUCCCGCGCCCAGUCAUUCGCCGCCUUCGAUGCCGCGGCGAACGAAAUGGCCACCACCCGCCAAUCCGUCUACAUCUUCCCCGAAGGCACCCGCUCCUACUACGAUCACCCCGACCUCCUGCCCUUCAAAAAGGGCGCCUUUCACAUGGCCGUCCAAGCCCAGGUACCCAUCGUGCCGGUCGUCGUCGCCAACUACUCGAAUCUGCUGAAUGUCAAGAAGAAGAUAUUUCGUGCGGGGACUGUGCCGGUGAAGGUGUUGAAGCCGGUCGAGACGAAGGGGAAGACGAAGGAGGAUGUGCCGGCUUUGCUGGAGGAGGUGAGAGGGAAGAUGUUGGAGGCGUUGAAGGGGUUGACGGAACAUGCGAGAGACCAGGGCGUUGCACUCAAAGCGGAAGAGACCGCCAGUGCAAAGAGCAAUGGUAUGGCGAGAAGUACUGGAGCCGAUGCUGGAGGAAGAUAG